AUGUCACUCCAUCCCAGCAUCUCCGAAUCUCCAAGUCUCUCAGUUCAAACUUCAGAUUUCCAGGAGGAAGAGAAUCUGAUCGGGCCAGCCUGGAGCAAGGAUUGUCCCCUGGAUCAACACACCGAGGAGAUCUUGGCCAUCGUGUCUAUCCUGUUCAUCGUACUCUCCACCAUCGCUCUGUCUCUCAACACACUACCAGAGCUGCAGGAAAUGGACGAAUUUGGACAACCCAAUGACAACCCCCAGUUAGCACAUGUGGAGGCCGUGUGCAUUGCUUGGUUCACCAUGGAGUACCUUUUACGGUUCCUAUCCUCACCAAAUAAGUGGAAGUUCUUUAAAGGCCCACUGAAUGUCAUUGAUUUGCUGGCCAUCUUGCCAUAUUAUGUCACCAUUUUCCUCACGGAGUCCAACAAGAGCGUGCUGCAGUUCCAAAACGUGAGGCGAGUGGUUCAGAUCUUCCGAAUCAUGCGUAUCCUCAGGAUCCUGAAACUCGCCAGACAUUCGACAGGCCUGCAGUCUCUGGGCUUCACCCUCAGACGGAGUUACAACGAAUUGGGCUUGUUGAUAUUGUUUUUGGCCAUGGGGAUAAUGAUAUUUUCCAGCCUGGUAUUUUUUGCCGAGAAGGAUGAAGAUGCUACCAAGUUCACCAGUAUCCCAGCAUCAUUUUGGUGGGCCACCAUCACCAUGACCACAGUAGGGUACGGUGACAUUUACCCGAAAACGUUAUUAGGGAAAAUUGUAGGAGGCCUCUGCUGUAUUGCCGGGGUCCUGGUCAUUGCCCUUCCCAUCCCAAUCAUUGUGAACAAUUUUUCUGAGUUUUACAAGGAGCAGAAACGCCAGGAGAAGGCAAUUAAAAGGAGAGAGGCUCUUGAGCGGGCCAAAAGGAAUGGAAGCAUCGUUUCUAUGAACUUAAAAGAUGCCUUCGCUCGAAGUAUGGAACUGAUAGAUGUGGCUGUGGAGAAGGCAGGGGAGACAGCCAAUACGAAAGACUCGGCGGAUGAUAAUCAUGUCUCUCCAAGCCGGUGGAAGUGGGCCAAGAAGGCUCUGUCGGAAACAAGCUCCAACAAGUCUUACGAGAAUAAGUACCAGGAAGUUAGCCAAAAAGACUCUCACGAGCAGCUGAACAACACUUCUUCUUCCAGCCCACAGCAUCUGAGUGCCCAGAAGCUGGAGAUGCUGUACAAUGAGAUCACCAAGACACAGCCUCACUCUCACCCGAACCCGGACUGCCAAGAGCAGCCCCAGAGGCCAUCUGCCUAUGAAGAAGAGAUUGAAAUGGAAGAAGUGGCCUGCCCGCAGGAGCAGCUGGCCGUGGCACAGACCGAGGUCAUCGUGGACAUGAAGAGCACCUCCAGCAUCGACAGCUUCACCAGCUGUGCCACCGACUUCACCGAGACCGAGAGGUCGCCCCUGCCACCGCCCUCUGCUUCUCACUUGCAGAUGAAGUUCCCACCUGACCUCACAGGGACAGAAGAGCACCAAAGAGCCAGGGGCCCCCCCUCUCUAACACUGACCAGAGAGAAAGGGGCUGCGGCCAGGGAUGCCACCCUGGAAUAUACUCCAAUUGACAUAACUGUGAACCUCGAUGCCACUGGUCCCCAAAGUGGGCUGCAUGGCCCUGUACAGGCUGACAAUGCCUCCGACAGCCCUAAGAGCUCGCUGAAAGGCAGCAACCCACUCAAAUCCAGAUCGCUCAAAGUGAACUUUAAGGAAAACAGAGGCAGUGCCCCACAGACCCCGCCCAGCACAGCCAGGCCACUGCCCGUCACCACCGCUGACUUUUCCCUCACCGCCCCGCAGCUCAUCAGUACCAUCCUCUUAGAAGAAACCCCCGCCCGGGGAGAUAGACCCUUGCUGGGCGCUGAGGUUUCGGCGCGUUGUCAGGGACCUUCCAAAGGGCUGACCCCUCGGUUUCCCAAGCAGAAACUCUUUCCUUGCUCAUCCAGAGAGAGGAGGAGCUUCACGGAAAUAGACACUGGCGAAGACGAUGACUUCUUAGAGCUCCAAGGGACAAGACAGGACAAGCAGGCAGACUCCAGCCCAAACUGCUUUGCAGAUAAAUCUAGUGACGGAAGAGACCCUUUAAGAGAAGAGGCCUGUGUGGGCUCUUCCUCCCCCCAGGACACAAGUCACAACUGUAGGCAAGACAUUUACCAUGCUGUGGCUGAAGUAACAAAGGACAAUAGUCAAGAAGGGUGCAAGAUGGAAAACCACUUGUUUGCCCCAGAAAUUCAUUCCAACCCAGGAGACACAGGUUAUUGUCCCACACGUGAAACCAGCAUGUAACUAGUUACAAAAGCAAUAAAAAAAAAAACUUGUUUCUUAAAAAUGCAGUUAAAGAUGCCUGUGAACUAAAAAAUGGGAAGCCCCCCCAAAAAGUGCAUAAAAUGUUAUUUUUGCAUGGCAUGAACAGUUUAGUUUAAGUACUGUUUAAAUAAAGAGUCAAGACUGACUGCAUUUUGUAACAAACAAACAAAAAUGACUGAAGAACGUGAAAAAUAAAGAGAGCUCUAUUAGGAACCAGUA